AUGGUAUCCCUGUCCUAAUGCAAUACAUAUAAUAAAUUACAGCCCUCAACAUAACUAUGUUAGGAAUAAAAAAUAUUUAAAAUAUAUAUAAUGAAUGAUUCAAGGACUCUUGUUGCUAUUAAGUACUCAUCUACAUCAAGGUGCUGAUGUAUAGUGGGCUCACAUAAGUAGAAAUAUCUUGGAUUAUUGAUUUUUCUAUAUUUCAGGAGAAAAAUAAUAGAAAUAAGUUAAGUGAAAAUUUUAAAUUAAUUGAUUCAAGGAAUAUCUGAAUUAUUAUGUAAAAUAUUUGAUCUAUCCUUUGAUUAAAAAAUUGACUUUGCAUUUUUUACUAAUUGUAAACUUUGAAAAUUAUGACGACUCCUUUUAUUUAUUGCUCCCCUCCCCACCUACUAAUACAAUAUUAAUUUUUUUCAUAAAUGAUGUGCUAAAUUUUAUUCGCGUCUGAAGGCAUAUAGUAAUAAGAGUGUGACUCGGUGUAUCUCGUUCAAAGUUUUACUAUGUAUCAGUCUCGUUAUUACUUGAUAAAUGGUUUUUGA